AUGUCUGACUCGAAGUAUUUCACGACAACUAAGAAGGGAGAGAUCAAAGAGCUGAAGAAGGAGCUCGACAAUCCCAAGGAGAAUGUGAAGAAGGAGGCCGUGAAGAAGGUCAUCGCUGCCAUGACGGUGGGCAAGGAUGUAUCUGAGCUGUUCCCUGACGUUGUGAAGUGCAUCCGCACCUCCAACUUGGAGCUGAAGAAGCUCGUGUAUCUCUACAUUAUGAACUACGCCAAGACACAGCCCGAGACUGCCAUCCUUUCCGUCAACGCCUUCGUCCACGAUGCGCAACACCCCAACCCUCUUGUGCGCGCCCUCGCCGUGCGAACGAUGGGUUGCAUCCGCGUGGACAAGAUCACAGAAUACCUUUGCCAGCCUCUGCGCGAGUGCCUCAAGGAUGCCGAUCCCUAUGUGAGAAAGACCGCCGCGGUGUGCGUCGCGAAGGUGUGGGACAUCAACCCCGAGCUGGUCGAGACCCAGGGCUUCCUGGACAUGCUGCGCGACCUCCUCUCCGACUCCAACCCCAUGGCCUUGCUCAGUUCUAAUCGACCAACCGAUCGAUCGCGCAUCGCCGACAAACAAACAAAGGUCGUGGCCAACGCUGUGGCUGCUCUCUCGGAGAUCGACGAGACGGCCAAGGAGGACGUCUUCAGCCUCAACACAGAGAACCUCAAGAUGCUCCUCGCCGCGCUCAACGAGUGCACAGAGUGGGGUCAAGUGUUCAUCCUCCACGCCCUGUCCAAGUACACACCCGACGACUCUCGCGAGGCGGAGGCCAUCGCGGAAAGAGUGACCCCUCGCCUGGCCCACGCCAACUCGGCGGUCGUCCUCUCCACCAUCAGGGUACUGAUGAGGCUUCUCGAGCACAUCAACAGCGGCGAGUUUGUGAAGAACAUGUGCAAGAAGAUGACGCCCCCGCUCGUCACGCUGCUGCAGAAGGAGCCGGAGAUCCAGUACGUGGCUCUGCGCAACAUCAACCUCAUCAUCCAGAAGAGGCCGCAGGUGCUCCAGAACGAGAUGAAGGUGUUCUUCUGCAAGUACAACGAUCCCAUCUACGUCAAGAUGGAGAAGCUGGAGAUCAUGAUCAUGCUCGUCAACGAGCGCACCAUCGAGCAGGUGCUCAUGGAGCUGAAGGAGUACGCCACCGAGGUCGACGUGGAGUUUGUGCGCAAGGCCGUGCGCGCCAUCGGUCGGUGCGCGAUCAAGCUCGACCGCGCGGCCGAGAAGUGCAUCAAGGUCCUGCUCGAGCUCAUCCAGACCAAGGUCAACUACGUGGUCCAGGAGGCCAUCAUCGUCAUCAAGGACAUCUUCCGCAAGUACCCCAACCGGUACGAGUCCAUCAUCUCCACCCUGUGCGAGAACCUCGACACCCUCGACGACCCCGAGGCCAAGGCCUCCAUGAUUUGGAUCAUCGGCGAAUACGCUGAGCGUAUCGAGAACGCGGACGACCUGCUGGAGACCUUCCUCGAGAACUUCCAGGACGAGAACUCGACCGUGCAGCUCCAGUUGCUCACCUCCUGCGUCAAGCUGUUCCUCAAGAAGCCCAAGACCACUCAGAACAUCGUCCAGCACGCGCUCGAGCUGGCGACCAAGGAGAGCGAGAACCCCGAUCUCCGCGACAGGGGCUACGUCUACUGGCGCCUCCUUUCCACCGACCCCGAGGCCGCUAAGCAAGUGGUGUUGGGCGAGAAGCCGCUCAUUUCCGAGGACACGUCGCCUCUCGACGCGUCGCUCCUCGAUGAGCUGAUCGGCAACAUGGCCACCCUCGCCUCGGUCUACCACAAGCCCCCGCAGGCCUUCGUGUCCAAGCUCAAGAAGAAGGUCAAGGUCUUUGACCCCAGCAAUGCGGAGAUGAAGACCAGCCGAAGGAUCACCGGCGAAUCCGACGGCGACGAGGACCAAGAGGCGAGGGGAGGCGAGGGCUCGCUCAUCGAGCUCGACUCCAGCCCGGCCGCUUCGUCCAACGACCCCUUCGGCUUCCUGUCCUCCCCCGGCCCUGCUCCCACCCAGCCCGCCGUGGAGAAGAAGGUGCUGCUGUCGGCAGAGAAGGGCAGGGGGCUCGAGGUGCGCGGCGCCUUUGUGCGUCGCGGCGGUUCCGGCCCGGUGCUCGCGCUCACCCUGGCCAACUACUCCAACGCCCCCAUGGACGGGUUCAUGGUCCAGUUCAACAAGAACUUCUACCGACUCAAGCCGGCCAAGACGCUGCUGGACAUCACCGCCGUCGGGCCGGGCCAGACCAGCGACGUGCUCGUGCCGCUGAGCGCUGACGGCGACGAGGGACCCGUGUCGCCGGCCAUCCACGUGGCGGUGAAGAACAACGUGGACGUGUUCUACUUCCUGGCCGAGUGCCCGCUCAACGUGUUCUUCUCGCCCGACGGCGCGCUCGAGAAGUCGGCCUACCUGGCGGCGUGGAAGGACAUCCCCAACGAGAGCGAGCGAGUCCAGCAGCUGGGGCCGCUGGUGACCGCCGACUCGAACGCCCUCACGGACCUCUUGCAGCGCCACAACAUUUUCCUCAUCGCCAAGCGACGCGUCAACGACAACGAGGUCCCUCUCUUCCCUCCUCCUUUGCCCUGA